AUGAGAAUCCUUGAGCUGACUAUAAGAGGGGCAGGCGAAGCGGUGGGGACUCAGUCUAUACUCAGCAUCCAGGAAGCAGAGAUGAAGUACACGAUACUCUUGCUCUUCCUCGCCUUCUUCGUCGGCGCCGUCUUGGGGAUGCCUACUUGGUUCGAUCAGCUCUUCAACCUGAACGGGAGGCGCAGGGAGGCGGCUCCGAGGCAGUCUAGGGAUUACUACAAGACGUCUUGCAGGAUAAUAAAUCCGGAUCCAUACGCAUUUCCUGGAAGAGCGCCUUAUCCUGCCCAACCGUUCUGUCCUUACUGA